UGUAAAAAUAGCGAUUAUAUAUAAGAAAGUGGGACAAAACAAAGCAAGCUCCGAUUUUGACUAGCACAAUCAAUCCUCCUUUCUGUUUUUCAUUUGCGGUCGCGACGCUCACGGCUAGGGUUUGCUUUUCCUCUCCAAGGUUUCUUAUUGUGAAGUAAGAUGGCAGGUGGCAGGGUUGCUCACGCCACUUUGACAGGACCAAGUGUGGUGAAGGAGAUAGUUAUUGCAACUGUGCUUGGAAUGUGUGCAGGUGGUUUAUGGAAGAUGCAUCACUGGAAUGAGCAGAAGAAAACCAGAACUUUCUACGACCUGCUUGAGAAGGGCAAGAUCGGUGUGGUUGUUGAAGAAUGAACACCUGACAACUGCAUAUAUUGAUUGGAACAUUGCCUUGACCAAGUCAUUAGCAUAUUGUCAUUGAGAUUGAAAAAAUAAAUUUAUUGUAUGUUACUUGCGAGGUUUUCUUAAUAUUUGUGUGAUCUUGAAGACUUUGUACAAUGUUGCCAUUGUGAUACCAUACUACAUUAUCUUUGAUGAAAAUGAUAACCAGUUAUUUUACUAUUAA